UAAACAAAGGGAAAAAUAAUGGAAGAGAGGACAGUCUCAUCUGUCUCAUCAGUUUCCUUUUAUACAACAGUCUUUUCUUCAAGUCCCCAAGAACCAGACCACUUCCCCUUAUUAACCCUUCCUCCCUGACAUCAAUCUCAACUCACACUUUCUUUCAAAUCUUUUCUUUUUGUUCAAUAUAUGCAAAGUUCAUUUCUUUUGAUCAUAUCCUUUGUGGGUUUUUUAGUUUUUUUAAUUUUCUUGAAAGAAAAAAGAAGCAGCACCACCUUAAAUUUAUUAUUACCAUAAUAAUCUGGAUCCAGUUAAAAGAGUGAAUUGGGUAAAAGGGUGUUCUUGUCUAGGGUUAGAUAUUAUAUGUAAGUUAUUCCCAAUUUUGGUAAAAAAAAAAGAAUGCUGCUUUUUUUGUUUUUUACUUCUUUUGCUCACUUACAUAAUUAAUUGUUUCUAUUCAUAGAAAACCCUUUGAUUUAUACACUGAGUUAUUCCAUGUUUUCUUGAUUCACUUUCACUGGGAUUUGGAUGAAAUAUUUCCAAAAAUAGUGUGUGUGUUUUUGAAGUGGAAAUUAAAUAUGAUGGCUAGGGAAAAAGUUCAGAUUAAAAAAAUUGAUAAUGCUACAGCAAGAAGAGUGACCUUCUCUAAAAGAAGAAGAGGGUUGUUUAAGAAAGCUGAAGAGCUUUCUGUGCUUUGUGAUGCUGAUGUUGCUGUUAUUCUCUUCUCUUCCAAUGAUAAGCUCUUUCAUUAUUCUAGCUCAAGUAUGGAAGUAGUACUUGAAAGGCGUAGCUUGCACUCUAAGAAUCUUGAGAAGUUAAACCAACCUUCUCUCGAGUUGCAGCUGGUUGAAGACGCCAACUAUGCCAACUUAAGCAAAGAAGUUGCAGAAAGAACCCUUCAGCUAAGGCAGUUGAGAGGUGAGGAGCUGCAGGGUUUAAGUAUUGAAGAGCUGCACCACCUUGAGAGGUUGCUUGAAUCUGGAUUGAGCCGUGUUGUAGCCAAAAAGGGCGAGGUGAUUUUGAACGAGAUUAAUCAUCUUCAAGAGAAGGAAGUGAAGCUCAUGGAGGAGAACGACAAACUAAGACAAGAACUUUUGAUGAUAUCUAAUUCUUGGAAGCAACCAAUUGGUGAUUCCGGUGGUGAUGAUGGUGAGUCAUCUGAUCAAUCUACCGAUAUCUGCAACCCUGAUGGUCCUCCACAAGAUUACGAAAGCUCCGGUACAUCUCUCAAAUUGGGGUUGCCUUACUCUGGGUGAUAAUCAAGCUUUUAGGAUUCCGGAAACUAUGAAGUAUGUAUAAAUGUAAGCCAAAUAUGUAUAACUAUGAAUUCUUUGGCUUUAUAUAACAUCUCGGAUUAUGGGUGAUUUGUAUGCUAACCAUGUUAAGUUCAACUAUAUAUGUUUUAUAUUUAUAUUACCCUUUUCUACAAAAUAAAACAUCUAUAAAAAGAUGAAACUAUUAA